AUGGCGACCGAGGGGGACGUGGAGCUGGAAUUAGAGACUGAGACCAGCGGCCCGGAGAGGCCUCCUGAGAAGCCACGCAAGCAUGACAGUGGAGCGGCGGACCUGGAGCGGGUCACCGACUAUGCGGAAGAGAAGGAGAUCCAGAGUUCCAAUUUGGAGACGGCCAUGUCAGUCAUUGGAGACAGACGGUCCCGGGAGCAGAAGGCUAAACAAGAGCGGGAGAAGGAACUGGCUAAAGUCACAAUCAAGAAGGAAGAUUUGGAGCUGAUAAUGACCGAGAUGGAGAUCUCUCGAGCAGCAGCAGAACGGAGCUUGCGGGAACACAUGGGCAAUGUGGUCGAGGCUCUUAUUGCCCUAACCAACUGA